CCGACCGCCGACCAAGGAGGAAGAGUCCGAUGGAAAACCAUGCAGCACUUUGAACCCAUGGAGACAUGGCACAUAGGUUUCUCUCAUCUACGAACAGAUUUAGCGCCAGAUUCGCCUUCAUAUUCACUGUGUCACUGUCCUGCACCUAUUUAUGCUACAGUACUUUUUUUUGUCGCAGCACAAUCAUGACAAACCAAGGUUACGAGGGGCAAAGAUGCCCCCCGAGCAAGAAAGCAGGAGGGAAGAAACUUCUUGGAGAAUUAAACAAUUGCGCUUCGCUGGAAGUCAGGUCCGCUCUGGAUGAGUCUGCUGCCCAGCGAGGAUCAAGUGAUCUCCGCGACCAAAGUAAAGCAUUUGCUUCGUCUGGAAGCCACUGGGCUGACAUGAAGUUGAGAAACAUGAGUGUUGCGCAAAAAUAUGGGAAUAAGAAGCUGCCUAAUGCGUUAAUAGUCGGUGUAAAAAAAGGAGGCACCAGGGCGGUGCUGGAGUUCAUUCGGAUACAUCCAGAUGUGCGCGCACUGGGAACAGAACCGCACUUUUUCGACAGAAACUAUGACAGAGGGCUUGACUGGUACAGGGGACUAAUGCCACGAACACUAGACAGCCAGAUCACAUUAGAGAAGACACCCAGCUACUUUGUCACCAGAGAGGCACCUAGACGCAUCUCCAGCAUGUCCCAUGAGACCAAGCUGAUUGUUGUGGUGCGUAACCCAGUCACAAGAGCCAUCUCUGACUAUACACAGACUCUUACCAAAAAACCCGACAUCCCUACAUUUGAAGAGCUGGCUUUUAAGAACAUAAGUCUGGGUCUCGUCGACACUUCCUGGAACGCCAUUCGGAUCGGGAUGUACAUCCUGCACCUGGAGAACUGGCUGCAGUACUUUCGCCUGUCGCAGAUGCACUUUGUGAGCGGGGAACGACUAAUCACGGAUCCGGCAGGGGAAAUGGGCCGUGUUCAGGACUUUCUAGGACUGAAACGAAUAAUCACGGACAAGCACUUCUACUUUAACCGAACCAAAGGCUUCCCCUGUCUGAAGAAGCCGGAGAGCAGCAGCCAGCCACGCUGCCUUGGCAAAUCCAAGGGCAGGACUCACGUACAGAUUGAACAGGAGGUUAUAGAGCAGCUGCAGGAGUUUUAUAGGCCAUUCAAUGUCAAAUUCUUUGAAACUGUGGGGCAAGACUUCAAAUGGGACUGAGAGUGCCAUACAGAAACGGUGCUGUUUUAAAAAAUGGCUGCCCUCUGGAGAGAAAUAUAAAUGAGGGUAUCGUUAGCUUAAUGUUUAGAUGACAAGUUUAGUGAGCUAUGUAAUACAAUGACACAAUUAAUAUAGAAAAAUACACAACUCAUUAAAAUCAUAUAAAUGGUUUCACAUCGUGCUGGGUUUUGGGUUUGGUCAUUCUGAUGUGCCAUUUCAUAUAUACAGUAUAUACAAAGCAUUAAUUCAUUAACCAAGCCUUUAACCAACAACCAUCACAAUGCCUUUCUGUCAUUUAGAAACACCAGACCUACAUUAAUGACAUUGUUUACAUAUUCAAAAUUAAAACCACCAGCUUUACUGUUAAAAUGAGAUUGCAACAUGAAAUUGCAGUGAAAUGUCAAAUGAAUAAUAAAAUAAAAAUCAGCCUGUCAGUUAUUCUGCAGUGAAAUCUGAAAAAAUUCAUCUCCUUAUUGCUGACAAAAGCUCAUGGACAACAGUGACAGAUUAACUGAAUACAUGUGCUGUAACUGUGCUGAGAAGAAAAAAUAACAGCUAUAUUGAAAUUAUAUAUUGAUGAUAUAGCAAUG